AUGAGUGCAGGCACACAUCUUAGACCUGAGUCUUUAUCCUGGAUGUUGGAUGUGGGAAAUGUGACUGGAGCCCUGUCCCAGGGGUCACUUUUGCAGCCAGCCUGGGAUCACCUGCUCCAGAACCACCACGAGGUCCUGAGGAGCCCGCUCUUCCCUGUGCUCCUGUGUGUUUCCACAUACUUCUGUCUGAUUAGUCUUUACACGGUUCUGGACCUGCUGGCUCCCACCUGCCCCUGCAUUAAUCGGCACCGACUGCACCCGGACAAGCCCAUCACGUGGCCCAACAUCUGGACUACACUAGUGCUCACCAUCUACAACCACCUGCUCUACAUCUUUCCAACGGCAGUGGCCCAGUGGCUUUGGAGGUCACCUACCCCAUUGCCAAGAGAAGCACCUACUCUUUGUGGCUUCAUUCUGGGAAUUUUUGGCUGCACUGUAGUUUUUGAUUUCCAGUACUACAUCUGGCACCUGCUGCAUCAUAAAGUCCCUUGGUUGUACCGCACCUUUCAUGCUAUGCACCAUCAGUAUAAUCAGCCCUUCAGUCUGGUCACUCAGUAUCUGUCUGGAUGGGAGCUCUUCAGUGUGGGAUUUUGGGCCACCAUUGACCCCAUCCUGCUCCAGUGCCACUGUCUCACCACAUGGGGCUUCAUGGUCUUCAAUGUGUAUGUCUCCACGGAGGAUCACUGUGGCUAUGACUUCCCAUGGUCCAUGCACAGGCUUGUGCCCUUUGGCCUUUGGGGUGGAGCGCCCAAGCAUGACACCCACCACCAAAAGCCGGGCACCAACUUUGCCCCCUUCUUCUCACACUGGGACUGGCUGGCAGGCACCCAUGUUGUGUCAAAUCCCCCAGGCCAUGUCGCAGAGGAGCCAGAUGAGGGGCGAGCCAAAACUAAAGAGCUGUGA